GCCUCCUGCUGCCCCCUCCCCCCGGCUCGGCCGCGCUCCGGUCCGCCGGCUCUAUGGGGAAAGCGGCCGCUCUGUGCCGAGGCGGCGGCUGCGGCGGCCGCUCCCGCGGACUCUCGUCGCUGUUCACGGUUGUCCCCUGCCUGUCGUGCCACACGGCGGCUCCAAGCAUGAGCGCUUCCACGCCGGGCUCUGGGCCGGAGCCCAAGCCUCAGCCAGUGCCCGAGCCCGAGCGGGAGCGGGUGUCAGAACAGGUGCCGGAGCCCGUUUCUGAGCCAGUGCCAAGCUCCGCGCCUGAGUCGGAGAAGACAUCUGCGUCCAGGCCAGGGUCCAGACAGGAAUCGGAACUGCUGCCGGGGUUGGGGACGGGAUCAGGAUCCCGGCAAGAGUUUGGCUCCAGUGUGGGGGCUGGGCCCUUCACCAAGGCCUCCUAUGAACAGCCACCAGCGCUGGGGCCACUAGUGGGGAGCGUGCACUUGACCAAACUUGAGUCAUGGUCACAGCCGGUGUCAAAGCCCCCGCCUCUUCUGCGACCAGGACAGGUGAAGAUGUCUUUUGGGGUUCCAAUGCCAAGCUCUGGCACGAUCUCCACUGCCCCAGGGGUCUUGCUGCCUCUGGACAGCUUCAAGGGCUGGCUCCUCAAGUGGACCAACUACCUGAAGGGCUACCAGCGCCGCUGGUUCGUGCUCAGCAACGGCCUGCUGUCUUACUACAGUGAGCUGCAGAGAGACACAGCCUGCAGGUCGGACGCAUGGACUUAUCCAGAAGAUAUGCGAGGAGAAAACGCACCUCUGAGCAGUCCGCAGAGGGAAGAACGGAGAGGGACUUCAUCUGCGCCAUUGGCUUCCAUCUCCCGCUUCCCACUGUGGCCUUUGAUGCAAGUCCAGAAGUGGAGGGAUGACUGGGCGAGGCUGAGACACCCACCGAGAGACAGAGAAGGAGGCUGUCGAGUGAAUCUGAGAAGGUGCACAAGAACUCAGGGUGAAAUGGCCCACACCUGCCGUGGCACCAUCAACCUGUCCACCACGCACUUUGACACGGAGGAUUCUUGCGGUAUCAUACUGACCAGUGGGGCAAGGACCUACCACCUCAAGGCCAGCUCGGAGGUGGAGCGGCAGCAGUGGAUCACCGCCCUGGAGCUGGCCAAGGCCAAGGCUGUCCGCAUGAUGAACAGCCAUUCAGAUGACUCUGGGGACGACGACGACGAGACUGCCUCCCCAGCUGACAAGAGCGAACUCCACAACACCAUCAAGAACCUCUCCUUGAAGUUAGAUGACCUCAGCACGUGUAAUGACCUCAUCGCCAAGCACGGCGCCGCGCUGCAGCGCUCCCUGAAUGAGCUAGACGGGCUCAGGAUCCCGUACGAGAGCAGCGAGAAGCUGAAGGCUGUGAACGAGCGGGCCACUCUCUUCCGCAUCACGUCCAAUGCUAUGAUCAAUGCCUGCAGGGACUUCCUGGAACUAGCGGAGACACACAGCCGGAAAUGGCAGCGUGCACUGCACUAUGAGCAAGAGCAGCGCAUCCACCUGGAGGAGACCAUCGAGCAGCUGGCCAAGCAGCACAACAGCCUCGAGCGGGCCUUCCGCAGCGGCGCCUCUGGCCGGGCUACCAACCCCACCAAGAGCUUCAGCGAGGGAAGCUUCUUGACUUCCAAAGGAGAGGACAGUGAGGAAGAUGAGGAUACUGAGUACUUCGACGCCAUGGAAGACUCCACAUCAUUCAUCACCGUGAUCACCGAGGCGAAGGAAGACAGAAAACCUGAAGGUGGGACCACAGGCCCUGGGGACUGGACCUCAUCAGACAAUGUGCUGGAUGGCGCCUCACUUGUGCCCAAGGAACCCCCCAAAGUCAAGAGGCGCGUCCGCAUCCCCGACAAGCCCAACUACAGCCUUAAUCUGUGGAGCAUCAUGAAGAACUGCAUCGGCCGGGAGCUCUCCAAGAUUCCCAUGCCGGUCAACUUCAACGAGCCCCUGUCCAUGCUCCAGCGGCUGACGGAGGACCUGGAGUACCACCACCUGCUGGACAAGGCCGUGCACUGCACCAGCUCGGUGGAGCAGAUGUGCCUGGUGGCCGCCUUCUCUGUGUCCUCCUACUCCACUACUGUGCACCGCAUCGCCAAGCCCUUCAACCCCAUGCUGGGGGAGACCUUCGAGCUGGACCGCCUCGACGAGAUGGGCCUGCGUUCCCUCUGCGAGCAGGUGAGCCACCACCCUCCAGCAGCUGCGCACUACGUGUUCUCUAAAAAUGGCUGGAGCCUCUGGCAGGAGAUCACCAUCUCCAGCAAGUUCCGGGGAAAAUACCUCUCCAUCAUGCCACUAGGUGCCAUCCACUUAGAAUUCCAGGCCAGUGGGAAUCACUAUGUGUGGAGGAAAAGCACCUCGACUGUGCAUAACAUCAUCGUGGGCAAGCUCUGGAUUGACCAGACAGGGGACAUUGAGAUUGUGAAUCAUAAGACCAAGGACCGGUGCCAGCUGAAGUUCUUGCCCUACAGCUACUUCUCCAAAGAGGUGGCCCGGAAGGUGACAGGCGUGGUGAGUGAUAGCCAGGGCAAAGCCCAGUACGUGCUGUCAGGCUCGUGGGAUGAACAGAUGGAGUGCUCCAAGAUUGUGCAAAGCGGCCCCAGCAGCCCCAGCUUGGAUGGGAAGCAGAAGACAGUGUACCAGACGCUGCCAGCCAAGCUGCUCUGGAAGAAGUACCCGCUGCCGGAGAACGCGGAGAACAUGUACUAUUUCUCGGAGCUCGCCCUGACCCUCAACGAGCACGAGGAGGGCGUGGCGCCCACCGACAGCCGCCUGCGGCCCGACCAGCGGCUGAUGGAGAAGGGGCACUGGGACGAGGCCAACACGGAGAAGCAGCGGCUGGAGGAGAAGCAGCGUGUGUCGCGGCGCCGGCGGCUGGAGGCCUGCUCACGGGGCUGCGGCUCUGAGGACGCAGAGAAGGAGGCCGACACGUACAUGCCGCUGUGGUUCGAGAAGAGGCUGGACCCGCUGACGGGGGAGAUGGCCUGCGUGUACAAGGGCGGUUACUGGGAGGCCAAGGAGAAGCAGGAGUGGCACAUGUGCCCCAACAUCUUCUGAGCGUCAUUCACUCGUGCAAAUACAGGCGCCUGCACAGCCCGGGCCACCUUGUACUGAAUGCACUCAAUUUAGUACUUAACGGCUAUCCCACCCCACCUUUUGCCUUUCCUUUCCUUUUUUUUUUUUUUUAAUAACACUUUUUUGGGGGCUUCCACCUUGAAAGGAGGAAGUGCUGACCCGGGUUCUCCCCAGCCCCCAGGUGCCCCGGGUCACUCACGCCCCUUAGUAACCGGACUUGGGCCCCAUCCAGAUCCCAAUUUCCAGUUAAUUACCACAACUCAGGCAGGCUGGCCCCCCACCUUGGACUGCCCUGGUCACCAGCCCCACCUAGGGAGGAACUGGCCCCUCCUAGGAAGCCACUUUUGACUUUUAUAGAAAAAUGAUCUCCAUUUCUUUCCAGCCAAGAUGUUUAGUAAAUAUUUUUAGUAUAGCACUUAGCAGACAACUUUCUAAGUGUGCUUUCUUGCCAGAGAAAUGCCCUGGCAAGAGCCCCUUCUUUUUAAGACAUCAGGAAGCCAGACAGACCCUUUGAGUCCAGAGCAUUUUGUAGCUGAACAUAGCUAGGCCGCCCCUCAGGAGCCUGGCUGGACCCCACAGAGAAAGGACUGGGAGGGGCCACUGGGCCCAGGAGAACUCAAGUCUCUGGAGUUACAGCCACCGUGGGAAGGGGCACUGAGGAGCCCCCACGUAGAUUGGAGGGCUGCCCCCCAGCUCCAAAGAGGCCAGGAAGAGCUGGGGGCAGGGCCUCAGGUGCUUCCCGCCCCAGAACCAGGCCCCAAAUCAGCAAUAAGAACUAACCCUCAGCUCAGCCUGGGCUCGUGCCAUGGGCACCAGAGACCCAGUGUGGCAAGGUUGCUUCAGGCACCUCCGGUGUACCCCAUCUCAGCACCCCCUGAACUCUUUAUUUGCCUGAUUUAUAUGUAUACUAUAUAAAUAUAUAUAAAAUAGCUAUUUUGCUUAAAUUUCUAUGGUAUGUGGAAGUGAACAAAUGAUGAAGACAGGGCGCUCCUGUCUGAGUUUCGCCCUCCUGUCAGCUAUGCCCUACCCUCUCCUCGGACACCCUUCCAACGGCUUCUGCCAACAGUGGGGGACUGGGCUACUGUGGCCGCUGUCCCAGACCCUUACAACCCUUAUUCCAACCCCUCCCACUUCGGUUUGGUCCUGAAUAUUCAUCACAGGGUUUUUCUUUCUACUCCAGGACUGGGUUUGUUUUUAUAAGAAAAAAAGUGAAAACACCAACGUAUGAAAUGCCUUAGGGUGCCCACUCAAGAGAGUCAGGGUGGGCAGGCGGCCCCACUGGGCCUGCAGCAGAGCUGUGCAAUGUACUUCUUCUCAACACUGUCUGUGGUGAGCACCUUCUGACCGGUAAUAAAAACCUUGGAUUUGGAGUUUUC